CGAUAUAGUCUCAUCCUCUCCUCCUGAUUGGCUGAGCACAUAUAGAGGAAGGCCCACCUUCAGAUCGUAGUGUAACAUUUCCUUCAGCGAUAUUGCAAUCUACUACGCAAUUGAGGACGAAGAAGGUGCUUUUAAAGAGGGGUCAAGAUGGAUGUUUUUAUGAAGGGGCUUUCUAAAGCUAAAGAGGGCAUGGCAGCGGCCGCAGAGAAAACCAAGGAAGGCGUUGCGGUCGCUGCUGAGAAGACCAAGGAAGGCGUGAUGUUUAUGGGCAACAAGACCAAAGACAGUGUUGCAAACGUGGCGGAGAGGACAAAGGAACAGGCCUCUCAGCUGGGUGGAGCUGUGAUGUCUGGGGCAGGAAAUAUCGCUGCAGCCACUGGCCUGAUGAAAAAGGACGAGUUCCCCAGUGACAUGAACCCUGAGUUUGGUCAGGAGGCCACUGAGGAGCAGAUGGGAGAAGCUCUGAUGGAUCAAGAGGGACACACAUAUGAUGAAACUCAGCAGGAGAACCAAGAUUAUGAGCCAGAGGCAUAAACAUCACAUUCCAAGCCCAAGACCAGCCAGCAGCACAAAAAGUUUCUAUCAAUAACAAGUACUAACCCUAAAAUCACAAUAACCCCUGUUGCAAAAAGAAAAAAAAGUACUAAAACACAAAUAUAUAUUCCAGUUUAUCCUGCCGAAAAAUGUUCUUCCUAUCAGAUAUAUACUUUUAUUAUGAUAUAUUGUAAAUGUCACGUUCUGACUGUAAUGUGUUGGAUGUAGCUCUAUGCUGACUGCCGGGGGGAACUCCGUCUCGUUUCCUUGACUCCCUCCCAAUGAAACGAGACCUGCCCCCCAUCGUGACUCUUUGUAUUUGUGUACCUGCAUUUCUAUAUGUAUUAUAGAUGUUUCAAAUCUUCCAAUAGCAAAUUGGGGGUUAAAAAGUCUUCGGGUAAAUAUGAUAUUAUAUAUAGCUCUGUGCAAUGCCUGUUUGUGGGAUUUUAUUUUCUUAUAUUUUAUUUAAUAUGAAGCAAGUUAUUUAAAGUUUUUGAAGUAAGAGUUUUAUACGUAGUAACUUUAGAGUUGCUUGUGAUAUCAUUCCAGUGGAUUAUUUGUUCGAAUUGGGCAAUUUGCAUCUGUUUGUGUAUGUAUGCGUUUGCCUACUGGAGAAGUAAGUGUAAAUGUGUCUUGAAAUGUUUAUGGAUGUCAGGUCAAUAUGUGCUUUACAAUGCUGGAAAUGUCAAUAUUAAGAUUUCUGUGUCAUUCAAGACAAGUGAAUCCUCUGUAAAUAAA